UGUUUUUAAUUUGUUUACUUAAUUUCAGUUUGAUAAUGUUUAUUUUUUCUAUGAUAAUGUUAAUGUUUUGAUGUACAGAAUAAGCCAGUUUUGUAAUUUGUGUAUCAUUAAGUGCUGUGCGUGAUGUCUAUCGAGUGGAAUAAAACUACAGUUGAAAUACUGAUUGAAUCGUAUAAGGCAAAGGAAUGUUUGUGGAACUUAAAACACCCCCUUUAUCGCAACAAAAUUGCACGGAGAAGUGCACUUCAGCAAGUAGUGGCUGAAUUAACAGGUAGGAAAGACGGCGUUAGUUGUAAUGAAAUCACGAAAAAAUUUAACACACUACGCACUCAAUAUUUAUCAGAAGUGAAGAAAAUCAGAGCAAGUGAAAGGAGUGGUUGUGCAGCCAGUGAAGUGUACAAACCUACAGUAUGGUGGUUUUCGCGAAUAAAUUUCCUGCGGAAUGUUUUACAACGCCGAAGAGUUGUUUCAAACGUGCUAAAACACUCACCUAAAGAAGAGUUGCCGCAGUUCAUAGAGGUGCACAUGCCCGAGACAGAUGAUGAGGACGAAGAUGACAAUGAAUAUGCUGGAAACUUGCCGCUGAAUGGAUGCCAGACUCUUGUGGGAGCUCGAGCUCUGUCGCCCACCUCUCGCUCGCUAAACAGUGACAGCUCACCACACAGAGAGUACGAGGAUGAAGACAAUGCAGUCACUCCACCACCAAAGUGUAAGGUGAAGAAGAAAGUACAUCCAGAUCCAUCACAUGUAGGUUUAUCUCGUUUGCUGGAAAAUGUUGGCAGAGCAUUUUCCAGGCAGAAACCAAGUGAUGAGGCAAGUCAAUUUGGAGAAUUUAUCGCGUCAAAGCUCAGGCGUCUUGACAGUGCAGCGUUGCGGCUAGCAACCGAACACGAAAUCAUGAAUAUCAUCAUGAAAGCAGAGUUGCAGAAUCUUGACACAAAACUUGAUGGGGAAAAUCGAGAAGGGCAGCCAUAUAAAUUCACAUCUGUAGGUCACUAAAAAACACUGGGUACAUUUUGUGUUAUAUGUACAAUAGUAGUGAGUGUUGGUGCUUAUUUAAGUUGUUUCUGAACUGUUAAGACAAAUACAGACAAGAUUAUUUACCUUACAAAAGAGAUGAUCAUGCACUCUUGUUUAAGGAAUGCUCUGCACUGUUGCACUCAGUACAAAAUAAUUUAAAAUGUAUGACUGUUAUAAGAUGUACAUCUGGGUUAGUAGUCACUCACUCACUCACUCACUAGCUUGACUUCUGGUCCUGAUGGACUGGGAAUUGGCCAGGCAGGAAUACAGUGUGGUGUACACUGUUGUGAUUGUGACAUUGAGUUGUUCUCAGGGUACUUCCAUUUUCGCUCCUACCUGACCGAGAACGUCUGUCGUCUUAUACCAUCACUAGGUGUGUUUAAUAAGAGUUUAGUUAUUCAUAUUGCAUUUCCUUCCUCUACCCUUUCCUCCAUCAUGCUGUACUUUGAUUUGUGUGGUGAUAUUUAAAUGUAAUAUCAAACAUAACCCCAUACUUGCUUCUAUUAUUUGCUAUAUUUCAAUAGGUUAAAAGUUAUAGCUACUAAUCUAGAUAACAACGUAUACACAAGUUACUGUUGCUAAAUCUCUGCCCAGUGACAAAUUUUGACUUUGUAAACAGGUAGUAUGCCAGCUGGGUUGUACAGUUACUAUUUUUUUUUUCUGUAACCAACAUCUGGGGUGCCUGCAUCAAUGACCAUUUUAAAACAUGUGAUUUCAUCUCAGUUUAUGUUUCAAUAACAGAUAAAAUGUCUAUAGACUUAAAAAAAAUUAGUAAAAAAAUACUUUGAUUUUUUUUAUACGCCCAUCGAAGUAUCUUUCUUUGAUUUGUGCUGUUUUGCAGUAAUGAUGUCAAUAAAUUAUGGCAUGAUUUUAAGUAGUGCAGUCAUAGAUUCAUAGUAGCUUUUUUUUUCUACAUGUAUUAUUAUUUCCGUGCACGCACAAUGGCAACAGCAUUUGUAUAGAAUUAAAUACAAUCGAAAAAAAUAAUAAUGUGACAAAUAAACUACAAUAUUUUGCUCUUUCCUUAAUAGCUAUUCUCUUCUUUCAUUGUAUAUUUAUCCCUGAUGAUGGCCCGGGUGUUCAGCCAACAUUUAUAUUAUGCCAUCCCAUAUGUCAUCAGCAGCUCUGGAGAGAAAAGCCAGAAAGAAGCUUUAAGGGCUAGUGUACCUCGUGUCUACUAGGAUGCACUAGUGGCAAAUCAUGGCAGACACACAUUUAGUAAACAACAGAGUCGGGAAUUCUGUUAAACAGGUUAAAUAAUCUUUCUAAUGAUAGAAAAUGUUAAUAUUAUGCUUUUUAAAUUAAUAUUAGAACUGAAAUAUAUCUCCUUUAUUAAUAACAUUAUUAUUUUGUACCUCAAAAAUGUUAGAGCCUCUUAGGAAUAUUAUGCCCAGGGCCUAUUAUGUAAUGCGUUCUGUGAAUUUGUUAAAUUUAAUUUUAGGUUCUUUAAUAACAUAAUGUUACUUAACACUUAUUUAAAUGUACCUCAAAUGUAUUUAAACAUGUAUUAGUAUUGUAAAUUGAUUUAAACAGGAGUAGUGUCUUGAUUAAAAUGUUUGUCAGCAAGCACACUUUCCUGAUUGGAAAAUGAAUUAUUUUGAUUAACACACACUCUUAUGGAAAAAACCAAAUUUCAUUAGCGCUCUGUUUUCCUGGAACGAAUUAUGGCGUUACUUCAAGAGCCUCUUAUGUCCUUACCAAAUGAUAAUGUGAGAAUAUGGAAAACUAGUGUUUUGCAUACAUACCAAUAAUUGGUGACCUUAUAUUUGUCCGAAAUGUAGUAGUUUGAACUAUUUAUACCACUAUGUUUACUCUAUUGUUAUUUAUCACUAUAGUGUUUCUCAUGCUUAAGGUGGGUUUACGAUUGAAAAUGAAGAAUUAGUCGUGUACUUAAGAUAUGACCCUGUGUAUGUAUACUAGCGGAAUAGUUUAUGAUUGUAAUGUUGGAGUUUCGACAGGUCGUACACAAAUCAUAUUUUUGACUAACAGAAAUGGUUAUAUUUUGUAUUUUUCCUUAAAAAUUAUGAGAAGCAUCAAUCAUAACACAGUAGAAUGUAUUGUUGGCACAAAAUAAUGUUUUCCUUGGAAAAGCAGGUUAUGAUAUAGUAUGAAAUACAGACUGAUCAGAAAAAUCAAAAAAUAUUAUAUAUAUAAUUUUAUAUAAAUAUAUAUAUUUAAAAAAGCUUUGAUUGGAAUCUUUAUUUAAUUUAAUGAUUUUGGAAACUGAUUAUUCUGAUGUGUUUCUGGUUAAUUUUAGCAAUUAUAGAAGUUUAUGAAAAUUUACUUACAGUUUAUGAAUAUAUUUUUUAAUUGUACAGCCAUUUUAUGGUGGCUUUGAAUAUAUGUUAGUAAGCAUUACAUGAAAUAGUUUUUAAUUAUUUCAGCUAAACAUUUGUGAUUCUGAAUUGUGUACAAAUUAUAGGCUAUGAGCUGAAAUGUUAAAAUUUAUGAGUGCAAUCAUAGUCAUAUGUCUGAUAUUUCAAUUAAGUAAAUAACCAAUUUCAUUAUAGAUAAAAAUUUUAUGUCAAACAAAUUAUCAAUCAGUGACCAGGGGCGGAUACAGGAUUGACUUCUGGGGGUGGGGG